AUCGACUGAAUAUGUUAACAAGUCGAGUCAAAUUACUUCAAACUCAAACUCAACUUGGAUCAUAAACACCCCUGUCAUGGCUAUCAACACGUAAAAUUCCAUAAGAACAAAAACAUAUUCCAUAAAUGAAAAUGACUGUUUUAUUCAGAUUUGGCGGUUGACGUAUGCGUGUCAUUAUUUUUUAUCGUAUUUAUGUUUAACUCUCUCUCUUUUUCCUCUUUGGAGCUUCUUUACGUUGACGCUGCAUCCACCAACCCUCUCCUUCUUCUCUUCUCCAUUAAAGCGCACUCUGAAUUCUCCAUUGAAGCCGCUUCUGAGCUUUCUCUCCUCCUUUAAAGCAGCUUCUCAGUUGCACUGAGGAGGGAGGUUUGAAUUUUGAAGAUGGAAGUUGGCAAGCCCCUUAAAACUGAAAUUGAGUUAAAGCACCGUCCUUUGACACCUUUUAGGAUUUUGAGGGGUUUAAUAUGUUUGACGGUUAUUCUUUCAACUGCUUUUAUGUUUUUAGUGUUCUUUGCACCUCUGGUAGCAGGCUUGUUACGGGUCUGCAGUAUCCAUUACAGUAGGAAAGUUGCAGCCUUUUUCUUUGGUCUUUGGUUGGCAUUAUGGCCUUUUCUAUUUGAGAAGAUAAACAAAACCAAUCUUUUUUUCUCUGGAGAAAACGUUCCUGCUGGGGAGCGUGUUUUGCUUAUUGCCAAUCACAGAACUGAGGUUGAUUGGAUGUACUUAUGGGAUCUCGCACUGAGGAAGGGACGCCUUGGCUACAUCAAAUACAUCCUUAAAAAUAGUUUAAUGAAACUUCCAAUAUUUGGCUGGGCAUUUAAUGUUUUUGAGUUCAUACCUCUAGAAAGGAAGUGGGAGACUGAUGAACCAAUCAUGCACCAAAUGCUACUGACAUUUACUAGCCAUCAGGAUCCCUUGUGGCUUGCUCUGUUCCCUGAAGGAACUGAUUUUACAGAACAGAAAUGCACAAGUAGUCAGAACUUCGCCGCUGAAAAUGGUCUUCCUGUUCUGAAGAAUGUUUUGCUUCCUAAAACAAAAGGUUUCUGUGCUUGUCUGGACACUUUAAGGAGUUCCUUAGAUGCAGUUUAUGAUGUGACUAUUGCAUACAAGAACAGUUGUCCUGAUUUGAUGGACAAUGUAUUUGGAGUAGAUCCCUCAGAAGUCCAUAUUAAUAUUCGGCGCAUUCCAUUAAAGCAAAUUCCAGUACCUGAAGAGGAGGCUUCUGCUUGGUUGAUGGAUGCAUUUCGGCGCAAGGAUCAGUUGCUUACAUACUUCAACACCAAAGGACAUUUUCCAAACCAGAGAACCGAAGCAGAACUGUCAACUGCUAAGUGCUUGAUAAAUUGUACCCUGGUAAUCGCAUUGACUGGUAUUUUUACAUAUUUUGCCUUCGUUUCUAUGUGGGUAAGAGUUUACAUAGCCUUAAGUUGUGUAUAUCUUUCUUCUGUUACUUAUUUUAACUUUCGACCGUUGCCAUUAUUGGACUUUAUAAAGCCACGGCUAUGUAGAGACAAUUUUAAAAAAUGAAGGAAGAAUAUUAGAAAAAAAAAUUGAAAUUUUUUCCAUUAAACUUGAGUUUGUAGAUAGUUUCCUAGAAGCACAUACAAACACCUGUAAUCUGAUGCCCUUUUCCUUGUUAGGCUAUUGCUUGUGAAUGUACACUUUAACUAUGGUGAUAUAUCAUACUGAAUAUCUACAAACUAUAAUAAAGAAAAUAAACCAAUUUUGUAAUGUAGGAAAGAACUGGCUUUUUUUAGUCUAAUCAGAACAGAAGUAAUUUUUUUUUAUUUUUCAUAUUUUUUCUUCUGUUUGGUUCCUUUACUGUGGAUGAACAUAUGAGGUAAACUCUCGGUUCAUGCAGUCGACUCCAUAUAUUAGGUAACAAAGCUAGGAAUUUGUUUUUUUUUGUUUUUUUUAGGCAGACAGAAAAUGUGGGUAACCAACUAGCCAGAUAAUCUGGUUCUAACAGCCAAGUCAUGUGCUAGCUGCACAUUACUUCUACCUACUUUGAUACAAACUAGAAAGUCUCUUUUAGUAGCUUCUGUCCUGAUGUCCUGGACUUAUAGCUUGAUAUCCUCAUCUGCGGUCUCUGGAUUCCUCAAAGCAUUAAUCAGCUGUAGAGAGUCUGAUUUGAUGAUUACAUUGGCAUAAUACUCAGGCACUCGAUGUAUAGCUUCAUGCACCGCUAACCCCUCAGCUUGAAGUGGGGAAGUUGCAAAAACUCUAGUAGACCCGUGAAUGUGCCUUAAGUGAUCCUCCUCUGCAGUAGCUAGGAAUUUGUUGCUGUUAAGGAUCUACCUCAUCUCGAGGCUCCACCUAUCUAAUUCAAGAAUAGGAAAUAUACAGUAUUAGAACUAUUAAAACAAUUUUUUUUUUGUUUUUUUCCUCAGAUAGCUAUAAAGCUGUAAGGGGUGGAUUAUGAAAAUCAAUCUCUUUGUCAAAAAGAAAAUCAAUAUAAGGAUCCUCUGAAACCAGGCGAGAUGAUCUAAUCAACUAAGCUAUAUAAUUAUUUUAUUCUCAACUACUAAAACAAAAACAAUUGAUAGACAUUUGAGAUGAAAUUCAACGUGGUUUGAUGAAAUACAGUACUUUUUCUUUUACCAAAGAACACAGACAAUAUUAAUUGCUUGAUCAUCAGAAUACAAAUAAAAGUAGGAAGUUAGAGAAACAAACAGACUACUGAUUGAAUCAACACUUCAUGAUUAAUCUCAAUCGGAAAUGUGUAACUGCUCCCAAUUAUUAUAACAUACCAAUGCUCUCGCUAUCCCUAACUAAUCUGUGCCACUAGGCCUAGAAGCUUUAAAAAAAAAAAAGAAAAAAAAAAGAAUUAAGAAAAGAAUGUAAAAUGCAAGUUUGAUUAAUUGAUUCGAUGUCUUGAAUUAUGGUGUUUUGUUCUAAUUUUAUAGUCUUGGAUAGUAGUUAUCACAUCGUGGGGUGGCAGUUUCCUUGCAUUUAUCAUUAUCUGAUUAAAAUUGUCUUGAGAAGGAUGAAAUAGUGUUACCUUAUUAUCAUCAUCCUUGUUAUCAUCAUUUUCAUCCUUGUUAUCAUCAUUGUUACAAUGUUACCACAUAAUCCGGAAUAGUGUUACAAUCUUAAAGAAAGUAAAGAAGUGUUAUAGUGCUGAUUUAUUUCCCUUUAAUUCCAAAAGUUCUACUUUUAAAUAUGCACGUAUGUCAAUAUAUACUUCCUCCGUUACGAAUUACUCAAUAAAAUAGGAUUGCGGACUCUUAGGCAAAAUAUUGAAAGCAUGAUUAAUGAAAAAUAAGGGCAUGCAUUUAAGUGUUAAUCCAACCCCCCCCCCCCCCCC